AUGAAGAAUGUGAUACUAUUAAUAUUUAUUUUCUCAUGGAAGAAUUUUGUAUUAUCAGAAAAAUUUUGUAAUGCAAAUGUUUGUUUUAAUGGGGGAACUUGUAUUAUUGAUGAUGUUAAUUUGACUUUUUCUUGUAAAUGUCAAAAUCCUUAUUAUGGAACAUUAUGUGAAAAAGGUAAUUUAUGUUCUUUGGAUUGUGGAGAAAAUGGGAUAUGUAAAAAUAAUUCAAAAAAUGAAGAAUUUUGUGAAUGUCAAACCGGUUUUGAAGGAGUUUUAUGUGAUGUAAUAUCAAAUCCAUGUACCAAUAACAAAUGUAGUGAAAAUUCUACUUGUUUUGCAGAAGGAAAUCAAUAUUCAUGUAAUUGUAAUAAUGGAUGGCAUGGAGAAUUUUGUGAAUUAGAUGUUGAUGAAUGUCAAUUUGAACCAUGUAAAAAUAAUGGUACUUGUAUAAAUUCUGAAGGAACUUAUAAAUGUGAAUGUUUAGAAGGUUUUAGUGGGGAUGUUUGUCAAAAUAAAAUUAAUGAUGAGUGUGUUUGUGAAAAUCCUUUACAUGUCUGUUUUAAAGAUGCUGAUGGUAAUAUAGAAUGUAGAUGUGAAAAUGAAAAUUGUGAUAUAACUCAAGAAUCAUGUAAAACAAAAGGAUGUGAAAAUGGUGGUAAUUGUGUUUCUAAUGAUCUUAAUAAUCAAGCAUUUUGUAUCUGUCCUUCUAAUUUUGAAGGACCUUAUUGUGAGACAUAUACUGCAAGUUGUUUAGUGGAAGGUAAAGAAUGUCAAAACAAUGGAACUUGUAAAGUUUCUGCUGCUGGUACAUAUUGUGAAUGCCUUAGUAAAUAUUCAGGAAAAUAUUGUGAAACAUUAACAUUUAAUUCAUUAAAUACACCACGACCAACACCAUUAUCCGAAAAAUGUCAUGAAGAUUAUUGUAAAAAUAAUGGAAAAUGUGUCGAAAUUCGGGGAGUUUCUCCAAAAUGUGUAUGUCCACAACCAUGGACAGGUGAUUAUUGUGAAACAUCAAUUACACAAUCAGUUUCAUUAUGUACACCAAAUUAUUGUUUAAAUGAUGGAAUUUGUUCAAUAAAAGAUAAUGAAGCAGAAUGUUCUUGUAUACCUAAUUUUGUUGGUAUUAAUUGUCAGAUUCAAUGUGAUUGUGAUGUUAAUACAGAAGCUUGUAUAGAAGAUAACACUAAAGUUAAAGGAUUUAUUUGUAUUUCGGUAAUAGAUGAUUCAACAAAAAUAUCCGGUCACUUAACCUCAACCACCGAAAAAAGCCCAACUCUUACUUCUGACAUUUCAAAUUUAACUGAUAAUAUAACAAGUAUUAAUACAUUUUUAACUACUACAUCUUUUGAACUAAUUACCACUAAUACUUCUGAUAUUUCUCUUACAACAAUUUUACCACUUGAUAAUAAUAUAGUAAAAAGUUGUGAUCAAUGUCAAAAUGAAAGUAAGUGUAAGGUAGCUGAUGGUAGGAAAAUUUGUUUUUGUGAAAAAAAUUUUUCGGGAUUAUAUUGUGAAAAGAAAAAUGAAUUAUGUAAGAGUGUAAAUUGUGAAGAGGGUCAAGUAUGUAAAAUAAAAAAAAAUAUUGAUGGAAGAGAGGAAACUUUUUGUUCAUGUUCAGAAGGUUUUCAUGGUGGAAAUUGCCUUCAUGAUUCAACAGUUUCAUUUAAAAAUUCAUCAUUAUUUGUUUAUCAAUCAAAAGAUUUUGUCAAUAGUUUAAAUCAAAAUUUACCAUAUUCAUUAAGUUUUGAAUUUAGAACUACUGUUCCUGAUGCACUAUUAAUAUUAGGUGAAAAUAUCUUAGCACAAGUACAAUUUUAUAUAUUUUUAAAAAAUGGUCGACUUAUUUUUCAACUUCUUGAAUCUCAAUAUGCUAUUUUAAGUGAUUUACAAUUAAAUGAUGGUGAAUGGUAUAGAAUUGAUAUGAAUAAAAAAGAAAAUCAAGUAAUUUUAGAAAUUUCUGAUUCACAUUAUUAUGUAUUAUCUAAAAAAAUAUUUACUGUACCUCAAUGGAAUUUAUUUACAACACGAUUAGGAAAAAAAGUAUUUAAUCGUAAGACUUCACCAGAUCAUUAUAUUGGUUGUAUACGAAACCUUAAAAUAGGUAAUGAAAAUAUUAAUUUAAUAGAUUCAACUAAAUCUGUUGAUGUAACAGAAGGAUGUUUAAAAAUUGAUCAAUGUUUAGAUAAACCAUGCCAAAAUGAAGCUGAUUGCCAUGAUUUAUGGGAUCAUUUUACAUGCCAAUGUCAUAGACCAUUUUUACCACCAUUUUGUAUUAAAGCAUUAACAGAAGUUACAUUUGGUCAUGAAAAUAAACCUACAAUGAUAAAAUAUAAUAUUGAUAGUAAUGAUUCUGAUUUAAUAAAACAAUCAACUGAUAUAAGUUUUUUAAUAAAAACAAAUAAUGAAAAUUCAAGUAUAAUGUAUAUUGGUGAAAAUGGUGAUGAAGAUGUAGGAACAUUUAUAUCAAUAGAAGUUGUUAAUGGUAAAAUUGGUAUUCGAUGUCGAUUAGGUGGAAAACAAAUAUUUUCAAAAAUUGGUAAUAUUGAUAUCAAUAAAAAUGGUACACAUCUUGUUGAAGUUUUAAGAGAAAAUAAUAAUAUUCAAGUUUUAAUUGAUAAUAUACCAGAUUUUACAAUAUUUAUAAAUCGACCAUUUUCUCAUCCAUUAUUAGUUGAUAGUAUUAUUCUUGGUGAUGAUUCUGAAAUAAGAAAUGAAGCAUAUACUAAUAAAGGUACCCUUCUUAAAGCAAUAUUACAAGAUAUAAGAAUUAAUGAAAAAAUUAUUCUUCUUCAAGAUUCACCAUUAGAAGAUACUGAUAUAGAUAUUUUUGGUAAAAAAAUUUUUGAACAAAAUUUAUUACAAGGUAUUGUAAGUGAUGAUAUUUGUAAAAAAGAAAAUCCAUGUAAUAAGGGUAAAUGUCAAAAUACUUUUAAUGAUUAUGAAUGUAUAUGUGAACAGGGAUGGACUGGUAAAAAUUGUAGUUAUGAAAAUUAUUGUUUUCAUAAUAAAUGUCCUGAUGGUACAGAAUGUUUACCUACCAAUCCUGGUUUUAUUUGCCAUGGACCAACAACAUUUUAUAAUACUUCAAAAAGUUUAUAUCAAUUAAAUGUUCCAAAAAAUCAGUCAUUAAAAAAAGAAGAUAAUUUAAUUAUUGAAAUAGAAUUAAAGACAACAAAAUCUAUUGGCCAUAUUAGUACAUUUUCAUAUUUAAAUAAAUCAUUAUCAAUAUAUAUAGAUCAUGGAAAAAUUAAUAUUAUUCAAAAUAAUAGUGAUCAUGAAUUUAGAGAAAGUUUUAAUUUUUAUAUAUCUGAUGGAUAUUUACAUAUUAUAACAUUUCAUGAAAAAGAAAAUGGAUUAUAUGGAUAUAUAGAUAAAUUUCAUGAAACAAAAAUUGGUGGAAAUUUUAAAAUUUCUGAAUUUCUUCAAAAUACCAAUUCAACAAUUGACUUUGGUAAUAAUCCAACAUUUGAAUCAUUUUCAGGAUGUAUUAAUAAUAUUAUAAUAGGAUCAUUACCACAGUUAUCUUUUAUUCAUAAUGACAAUUCAACAAAAAGUUUAGAAGAAACAUAUUUUUUUAAACCUAUUUUAAUUGAAAAUGUUAGACAUAAUCAAUGUAAAGUUAAUGAUAUAUGUUUAACAUCAUCAUGUAAAAAUGGUGGAAUAUGCCAAUCAGAUCCAUUAGGUUCUUCUUAUACUUGUAAAUGUAAAGAUAAUUUCUUUGGUAAUUAUUGUGAAGAAAAAACAAAAUUAUGUUUGACAAAUGAUAAGUAUUGCCAACCAAAUGGGAUAUGUUAUGAUGAUGGUAUAAAAAAAUAUUGUCAAUGUAAAGAUGGAUAUAAAGGUGAAAAAUGUGAAAUAAGUAUAAAUGGUUGUGAUAAUAAUCCAUGUUUAAAUGGAGCAGAAUGUGAAAAUUUGGCAAAUGGAAAAUAUUUAUGUAAAUGUAUUCAUAAUUUUAUAGGUAAAAAUUGUCAGGCAAUGAAAAAUUCAACAUGUUCAUCAAAUCCUUGUGAAAAAGGAACAUGUACAAAUUUAUCAGACUCAUCAUUUGAAUGUUCAUGUUUUGAUGGAAUUGAAGGUGUAUUAUGUGAUACUGAAAUAAAUUAUUGUAACGAAAAUUCAUGUAAAAAUGGUGGUGUAUGUAUUAAUGGGGAGAAAAAUUUUAAAUGUGAAUGUAAAGAAGGUUUUGAUGGUAAUGAUUGUUCUGAAUUUAAAGAUAUAUGUAAAAUAGAAAAUCCUUGUAUUCAUGGAAAAUGUAAAAAUAUUUGGAAAGGUUUUCAAUGCCAAUGUGAUAAAGGAUGGAUUGGUGAAAAAUGUGAUAUUGAUAUUGAUGAAUGUAAUGAUAUGCCUUGUUGGCAUAAUUCAAUAUGUCAUAAUACCAAUGGUAGUUAUACUUGUGAAUGUAAUAAUUUUUACCUUGGAGAUACAUGUAAUAUACCAGGAAGUUGCCUAUUCAAUUCUUGUGGUCAUGGAGAGUGUCGUCAAAUAACAAAAGAUAACCAUGAAUGUUAUUGUAAUGAAGGUUUUAAAGGUCAUAAUUGUUCUAUUCAAAUUGACUUUUGUGAAUCUAAUCCAUGUUUGAAUGGUGGUACAUGUCAAAAUAUUAUUGGUGGUUAUGAAUGUCAUUGUUUACCUGGUUUUGGUAAAAAAGAUUGUUCAGAAGAUAUAAAUGAAUGUGAAUUAAAACCAUGUAAAAAUAAUGGCAAAUGUACAGAUAGAAUUAAUGGUUUUGACUGUGAAUGUAAAGAUACUGGUUACAAAGGUUUAACAUGUGAAGAAGAUAUAAAUGAAUGUACUGAUAUAAAAAAUAGUUGUGUUAAUGGAAUAUGUGAAAAUUUAAAAGGUGGAUAUCGAUGUGAAUGUAAAAAUGGAUACAUUGGAGAAAAAUGUAAUCAUUUAGAUCCUUGUUUAAAAGAAAAUUCUAAUUCUACAAUUGAAUUAUGUAUAAAUGGAAAUUGUAUUAAUCCACAUGUAAUGUCUUUUGAUAAUGGAACAGAAAUUGCAACAUAUGAUUGUCAAUGUUUUGAUGGAUUUGAAGGAUUAUUAUGUGAUAAAAAAGCUGAACAUUUUGGAAAAUUACCUCUACCUUAUAUUAUUAGUAUUUUGAUUGUAUUAUUUCUUGUUAUAUUUAUUUUACUUGCAACAUUAUGUUGUUUUAUCUUUAAAGCAAAACGAACAUAUCAUGGACAUUAUAGUCCUUCAACUCAAGAAAAUCUUGGUUCAAAAUUACAUAUGAAUUCAAUGGCAUUAAAACGUGGUCCUCCUGAAAGAUUGAUAUAA